GUAAGCGCCCUCACUGUCGCGCUUCCAUUAAAAUCCCAGGUCGUUCACAGCUUUUUGACUGCUCGGAUUUGGGACGCGAGAGGUAUUCGUCGGCGAUGGCUUCUAGGGUUUCGUCCAAGGGAAAGGGGAAGGCCGGGAGGGGCCCCGACGAUGGAUCGACGGCGCGAUGCGUCAAGGAUUGGAGCACCUGGGCGAUGAAGAAGGCCAAGGUCGUUGCCCACUACGGCUUCAUCCCCCUCAUCAUCGUUAUUGGCAUGAACUCUGAACCCAAACCCCAUCUCUCUCAGCUCGUCAGCCCCGUCUGAGCCGCCAAUUCCUCCGCUUCCAAUUCCGAAUUAUCUCCCCGGUAGAUAACAUCCUAUGGUCGGAGAAUUUCCUCGUAUCUGCUCCUAGUAAUAAUAGCUCUCAUUCUUAACUCAAUCCUUCCAGUUUUGUUGCAACGAAUGUGUUCUUGAACUGUAUUCUGUGACACUAGGUCAAUAUUUUUGGUUGUCUUUUGCCUAAUUCUUCCUUAAUAAAAUUGAUGUUUUUAAGGUACUACAUUGUUAAAAUUGAUGUCUUUCGCUCUUAA